AUGAAAGGGAUUGGAGAUGUGUGUUCUUGUACUUUAAGCAUUGAGAGGUGGAGUGAUCAACUGAUUUUUCAACUCUUGUGCUCAUGCAAUUUUGGCUCAAGAGCGCAGAAUGAUGUAUGGAAGCUGCAUGAGGUUCAGUGUUUCGUCCUGUUUCUGAUGGCCGAGUUUAGCGAUGCGGAAGCCUUAGUCCGGGCCAGCCACGUAGGGCACGAGGCUGCAGUGCGGUUGUUGCUGGGCCAAGGGGUCUCCCCUUGUGCAGUGGACACCGAGGGUCGUUCAGCCUUGUCCCUUGCAUCCAAAGCCGGUCACUCUGCAGUGGUUCGGCUGCUGGCUGAGCAUCUGGUUCGUGCGGGAGCUUUUGAAUCCGAAUGCCCCAGUGCCCUGGUGCUCGCCAGCAGCCAUGGCCGAAAGGAAGUGGUGAGAGAAUUGCUAGGUGCCAGGGCUGAUGUCGAAAGCCGGAGUGAUGGCUUGCACCCACUUGCAGCAGCUGCUGCCGGCAACCACUUCGCUACCGUGAGCGCUUUGUUGUCGGCGAAUGCUUCGAUUAACGCCACUUCAGACAGUGCCACUCCAUUGCUUUGGGCAGCCAGCAGCGGAUGCAACCGUGUUCUUUUGCUGCUGAUCGGGGCCCGUGCUGAUGUGCAGUGUCCAGACGAGGAUGGUGGAACCCCUUUGAUCUGGGCAGCUGCUGGAGGUCAUGAUGCUGCAGUAGCAGUGCUUCUUCAAGCUGGUGCCAGCUUGAACGUGGGCGACCACAGCGGGCGAACAGCCUUGAGCUGGGCGGCUAGCCAUGGGCAUGAAGCCGUGAUGAAGGCGCUUCUUGUUGCAGGAGCAGAUGCCGAAGUGCGAGAUUGCAAUGGCAUGUCGCCACAGGAAUGGGCCGUGGCUGAAAGACAAGAGGAGGCUUUCCUAAGGGCGCAGGCAGCCUUAAACUGA